CAAAGAAAACUAACGGCGACAAAGAAAUAAAUAAACAAUAAAAAGGCGAGGACAAACUACUGUUAAACAAUCACCGUAGUCGAACCGAUGUGCGUUUUAAACAAAAGAAUCCUUUAAGUUAUUGUCUGUUGAAAGAUAUGCGAUAAACGAAUUAAACUUUUUACUGUAUUCAUUUUGUUAAUUCUUUUUGAUCAAGUGCCAACGCAAUGUAUUAAUGACAUUAAUUGUUUACACAAUGGCAAUAAUUUACAUUGUUUAAAAAACAGAGACAAGUGAUAAUGCCUUUGUCAAGGUUUCUUUUAUUGUUGUGAAAACAAAACAUUUUUUAAGCGAAUUAAGAAGUGCUUGAUUGAAAUUUUAGAACUUUUAUAUAUUCUUACUUGUGAAAACGAGAUGACGCGAUUUGUUUUUUGAAAUGGCAGACGAUACGUUAUAUAUAGGUGAUGUAAUUUGUUUAUAUUCGGCGGAAUCUUACGGAUUUGUGUUCUCGUCACAGAGCAGUUCUGUGCACAAUUUGAUUGCUGUUGGAUCCAAGCAAGAUAAGCGGAAACCAGAUGUAAAGGACCAAAAUCUGCUGUCAUUUGAGAUAUGUGUAGCCAAUCGUUACAAACUAAAUAAGCAGAGCAGAGGAAUUAAGUCCAAGAUUGAAGAACGCCCGGAUGACUACACGCUGCGAGCACGUUAUCACCAAGCAGAGAAUGCAGCGAAGGCGGAAUCUGAAGAUAAUGAGUUGGAACAGAAGAGACAGCAAGGCAAGAAGUUACUGUAUGGGCAAGUCGUACAG